AAGACAUGUAAAUCAGCCAAUUGGCGCAAAUACAUAAACGUUGGGCGUGGCCUGCAAACAACCUGAGUCACACAUUGCAUGGAGGGUGUGUCGCUGCCUGCAGCACAGCGAGAUAAACCAAGAUGAUGCAUACUGAAGUAAAAUCACUGGACGUGAUUCUUGACAACAAGCAGAGAGUUGGUUACUGCCCUGGUGAAGUAGUGUCUGGACAUGUUUCUCUCAAACUCUCGGAAGCCACCACAAUCAAAACCGUAAACAUAUUACUGAAGGGAUAUGCUCAGGUGAGUUGGAUGCAUAAACGAUCCCGCUGUUUCGAAGAGAAGAAAUGCCUCUCUUUAUCCAUGACACUUGUUGCAACAGGUCCCCAAAACCUCAUCCUUGAUAGUGGCAUAUAUGAGAUCCCUUUUGAUCUCCAACUACCUCAAAGUCCUUUGGUUUCUUCUUUCUCUGGAAAACAUGGCUGUGUUUACUACAUGGUGCAGGCAGUUUUAAAAAGGCCAUUCCAUGAGAGUCAACGUGUUUGCAGAGAACUUUGCAUCAUAAGUCAUAUUGAUGUCAGUGUGCCAACAUUAAUCUCUCCAGUGUCACAAACCUGUAAGAAGAUAAUUGGCUGCUGGAUCUUUACUUCUGGUCCCAUCUCACUGACUGCCAGCAUAGACCGACAAGGUUAUUGCAAUGGAGAAUCAAUCUCAAUCUGUGCUCUGAUUGAGAACUGUUCAUCUCGUCUAGUUGUGCCAAAAGCAGUGAUGUACCAGAUACAGACCUAUACAGCCAAGGGUAAAACAAAAAGCAUCAAACAGGUAGUUGCCAGUUCUAGAGGAAAUGUAGUGCCACCUGACACUUCCAGCAGGUGGAAUGGAAACGCAUUGAAGAUUCCUCCAGUUUCUCCCUCCAUUCUGAAUUCAGACAUCCUGAGAGUGGAAUACCUAGUUGCAGUUAUUGUUCAGAUACCAGGUACCAAAAAUCAAAAAGUGCAGUUUCCAGUGGUGAUCGGUACCAAAGGUCUUGACAUUACCAGUCAUUCCAUUGUGAACAUGAGCUUGCUAUACCCCACAUUUACCCUUCCAGACAUAGCUGAAGCCCCUCCAAGCUAUGCAGAGGUUAUGUCAGAGGAACCGUUUGAGGAGCACAGAACUUCAACCUGCCAGUCACAACCAGACUGGCUGCUAGAUAGCUCAGCAUUCGCUUGUGAUCAGCAGUUCCGCCUCCAGCCGCCGCCUCCUUAUUCAGAGAUUUGCACAAGCGAACAGUAAUCUUUUGGCCAAGUUUCUUUUGUGGAGAAGACCAAAAAACCACCUUGUGCCUUAAUUACAUUGCAUUUAUUUUUUUUUUUUCAUGUUGUUUAUGGAUUACAGGUGAAAUGUUUGUUUUGAUCAUGACCUCAUGUCAAAGUUCUGAAAGCAGUAGUCAAACACAGCCAGACUAUUGACAAGUUUUGUCCACUUUGCAAUGUAUUCUGGUUAUAUGCUGUUUUUCUGUACUUUUCUGUCUGUUAUUGUGAUAUCAACUAUUUAAAGCAGUCUAUAAACUGCAUAUUAAAAAAAAAAAAAACUUUAAUUCACACUAACAGGGCAGAUUAUCUAACUGAGUGAUUACUGUCCAGAAUAAACUGCAAUGUGAACCAGA